AUGUCCCCCAUCAACAUCAUCAUCGUCGGCGCCGGCCUCAUCGGCCCGCGCCACGCCCAAUCGGUGCUGGCAAACCCAUCCACGCACCUCGUCGGGCUCAUCGACCCUCUCCCUUCAGCGGCCAGCAUCGCCCAAUCGCUCGGGACCAGCUACUACCCAACCAUCGAGGCGUGUCUGCAAGCGACGCGCACAACGGCGUCAUCCACCCCCCACGCCGCCAUCAUCUGCACGCCGAACCACACGCACGUCGCCGUCGCGCAGCAACUCCUCAGCGAGAAUCUGCACAUCCUCCUCGAGAAGCCCGUCAGCCACGACCUCCCCAGCGGAGCCUCCCUACUGCGCUUCUCCCAGCAGCCCUCAACCUCGCACCUCAAGAUCCUCGCCGGCCACCACCGCCGCUUCAACCCGUACAUCACAACCACCAAAUCCAUCAUCGACUCGGGCUCCCUGGGCACCAUCAUCGCCAUCAACGGCCUCUGGACGCUCUUCAAACCCGCCUCCUACUUCGAGGGCUCGGGAUCCUGGCGCUCCUCCCCUUCCUCCGGCGGCGUCUGCGCCAUCAACCUCGUCCACGACAUCGACUGCCUACAAUACCUCUUCGGCCCUAUCGUUCGCCUCCACGCCGAAAAGACCCUCCCUCAGCGCCCUACCCCGCCACACUCCGCAGACGAAGGCGCCGCGCUAACCCUGCGCUUCGGCAGCGGCGUCGUGGGCACAUUCCUCGUCUGCGACGCGACCCCGGCGCCAUGGAGCUUCGAAGCCGGGACGGGCGAGAACCCGAGCAUACCGAGAACCGGGGGUCCGGGGGGCGACUUCUAUCGGAUUUUGGGGUCACGGGCGUCAUUGAGCGUGCCGGAUAUGACGCGGUGGAGUUAUGAUGGGCGGGCGAAGAGCUGGACCGAGGAGUUGGUUGCGGAGAAGGUGAGGGUGGAGGGGGAGGAGAAGAGGCCGUUUGAUUUGCAGCUUAGCCAUUUCGUGGAUGUGAUUGGGGGGCGGGCGCAGCCGAGAUGUUCCCUGGUUGAAGGGUUGAGGGCGUUGGUGGUGGUGCAGGCGGCCAGGAGGGCGUUGGAGACGGGGGAGACGGUGGAUGUGGGGGAGUUGGAGGGGGAGUUGGAUAGUAGAUGCAAGUAUGCAGUGUCGGACAGUCGGAUGAACGUUGUCAGUCUGGGGUAA